AUGGCGCACACGACGCAGCAGGAGCGGGACGCGACGACGAGGGAGCUGCUGCGGCAGCUGGUGGUGCUCAAGAGCACGGCGCGCACGCCGGUGCAGCAGGCGAUAUCCCGGGAGCUGCUGCAGCCGCUGCUGGAGUUUCACCCGCUGCUCGCCAGGACGACGGCGGUGAUCAAGAGGGGCGCCGCGGCGGUGGCGCGCGAGCAGGAGCUGCUGGCGGAGCUGGGGAUGGCGAUGCAGCUGCCGGAGUCGGCGUCGGUGCCGGAGCUCCGCGCUCGCCUGCUCAGGGAGGCCCGGCUCGCCGCCGUGGAGGCCGAGCUCGCCCUCAGGGAGACCAAGCUCGCGCUCAGGGAGUCGGAGACGCGGCUUGAUUUCUUGGAAUCUGUCCUUGAGUCCUGGGAAAGAAGGACCGACCCGGGAAGAACAGGAGAAAGCACCAUUAGCCGCUACUAGGUAGUUCAGACAUUGAGCGGGAGUCUGAACAUAGGACGUAGCAACAGCAGAAGCUAGUGUUAGAUCCAUCCUUCCUUUUUUUUUCUUUUUUUGUUGUUGAGAUGUAAUGGAAUGGAAACAUCCCUCAAUGUCAUAAUAAGGGAGCACCUAGUGAACAGUUAGCUGAAAAGUAGAACGAGUUCCAGUCGAUUUUAACCGCAGUGGCCCGAGCUGUUGGGGAUGUCAGCAGUGGUCGUCCCAUUUUGUUCCUCCUCUUAGCUAUCUUCCCCAGCGGAUCGACGACACAAUUUCCG